AUGCCGUCACGAACCGACACCACCAACCCAACACCCUCGACUGUUGUUGCCAUGCAGUCAUCCUCUGCGCUCGCGAACCCCAUCAAUCCCCUGGGAUCGCACCUCAACCACUUUGCGCGCACCGCCGGAGCGGGUCUGCCUCCGUCGCAGGGCGGCCCGCCCCCCCGGGUCUCCGAAACAGCCGAGGUCGUCACACAGCCGCCAGCAAAUCAUGACAGCAGCGGUGAACACUCACGACGAAGCUCCUUGGGUAGCAGCGGUGGUGGCCUCGUCAUGCGAGGCAACUCAAAACAGCAGCGCAUGGCCUCGGCAUCGAACACGGCCCUCGUCAAAGCGGCCGCUUCCACAGACAAUAGCGAAUCCGACGCAGUCGACCGGAGACGCCAACAACAGCAACAGCAACAGCAACAGCAGCAACAGCAGCAACAGCAAAAGUCACAGCAGACCGGCGGGCGCGUUGAUCACAGCCGGAACGGCAGCCGGAACAACAAUGGGCGGUCAGGGCCGGCCAAGCCACCGCUGAUGCGGUCCAAGAGCGACUACGCUCGCCCAGCCCCUAUCGAGGACAGCACCGAGACGCUGCACAACAGCGGCGAGUUGAGCCGUUGGGGUGCACGACAUGGCUUCGAGGAUCACUACCAGUCAGAAGACAUCAUCUCACAACUUGCCAGCAAUUGGUAUAUGUACUUUACCGACAAACGCCACGAGUCCAACGGCAGGUCCAAGGAGCCGACGCUUGAGCUUCAGGACUGGCGUAUGCGUGACCGGCUCAAAACCGUGUCCGCCGUCAUUGCCGUCUGUCUGAACAUUGGUGUUGAGCCGCCAGACCAGCUGCGCACCAACCCUGGCGCUCGCCUUGAAGCAUGGCAGGACACCACUGUUCCGCCUGUGCAGAAGGCGCUCGAGAACAUUGGCAAAGCGCUCAUCACCCAGUACGAGGCUCUCGCCCUCAGGCCGCGUUAUAAGCACUACCUGGACCCGUCGGUUGAAGAGACCAAGAAAUUUUGCAUCUCGCUGCGGCGAAAUGCAAAGGAUGAGCGCGUGCUCUUGCACUACAACGGCCACGGCGUCCCGAAGCCCACGGCGUCGGGCGAGAUCUGGGUCUUCAACAAGAACUACACGCAGUACAUCCCCGUGUCGCUGUACGACCUGCAGCAGUGGCUCCAGGCGCCGACCAUUUUCGUUUGGGACUGCUCGGAGGCCGGCAACAUCCUGAGCAACUACCACCGCUUCGUCGAUAAGCAUGAGCAGGAGGAGAAGGAUGCGGCACUGGCCGACCCCAACUACGAGAAGACCAACUUCCGCCCCUACAUCCACCUGGCCGCCUGCGCGACCAAGGAAAACCUGCCUACCAACCCCCUCAUCCCGGCCGACGUCUUUAGCUCGUGUCUUACGACACCUAUGGACAUGGCCCUGUGGUUCUUUGUGCAGCAGAAUCCGUUGAAGACGGCUCUCACGCCGGAGCGCGCCAAGAAGCUGCCGGGCCGCCUCCAGGACCGGCGGACCCCGCUCGGCGAGCUGAACUGGAUCUUCACUGCCAUCACCGACACCAUCGCCUGGACUACCCUGCCACGCCACCUCUUUCGCAAGUUCUUCCGCCAAGACCUCUUGGUCGCUGCCCUCUUCCGUAACUUCCUCCUCGCACAGCGCAUCAUGUCCGCCUACAACUGCCACCCCCAAUCCUUCCCUGAGCUUCCCGACACCCGUCAGCACCCUCUUUGGGCGAGCUGGGACCUUGCUGUCGAUCAGACAUUGGAUCAGCUCCCCAUGCUCGAGCGGAAAGAGGCCGGCGAAGUCGAGUAUGAGUACAGCAACUCGAGCUUCUUCGCGGACCAGCUGACGGCGUUUGAGAAGUACUUGACGCGCGGCGAUGCCAUGCAGAAGAAGUCGCCUGAUCAACUGCCAGUUGUUCUGCAAGUGCUCCUUAGUCAACAGCAUCGAGUACGCGCACUGAUCCUUCUCGGCCGUUUCCUCGACCUGGGCCCGUGGGCCGUCCAGCUCGCUCUGAGCAUCGGCAUCUUCCCUUAUGUGCUGAAGCUGCUACAGUCUGCCACGUCCGAGCUGAAGCCCGUCAUGGUGUUCAUCUGGACCCGCGUUCUGGCCGUCGACAUUUCGUGUCAGCAGGACCUCAUCAAAGACAGCGGCUACAACUACUUCUCGUCCAUCUUGAAGCCUGCCGAGGGUCUCCCCGUCACCAACACGGACGAGCACAAGGCCAUGUGUGCCUUUAUCCUGGCCAUGCUGUGCAAGAACUACAAGCCAGGCCAGACGGUCUGCAACCAGACCGACAUCAUGACCUCGUGCCUGAUCCACCUCCGCAACGAGGACAACCCGCUGCUUCGCCAGUGGUCGUGUCUGUGUCUGAGCCAGCUGUGGCAAGAUCUUCCCGAGGCCAAGUGGCGCGGCAUUCGCGAAAAUGCGCCGGCACGUCUCUCGCCGCUCGCCCAGGACAAGAUUUGCGAAGUGCGCGCGUCCAUGAUCUACGCCAUGACCACGCUGCUUGGCAUCCCCGACUUGACCGACGAAGUGGCCCGCGUCGAGGAGUCCAUUGCGUGGACACUGAUGGACAUGGCCAACGACGGCAGCGCUAUGGUGCGUAAGGAGCUCCUGGUGUUUAUGUCGCACUUUGUCCAGCGCUACGAGAACAAGUUUCUCGUGGCCGCCUUUGAGCACCUGCAGGAGGAGAAGGAGUUCCUUUUGUUCCCACCAAAGGACGCGGGCUUCGGCACCCACAAGAUUGGCUUGCAGUAUGUUCGGCCCGAGAACCGCAACCGCGACGGUACCGUCAAGGAGAGUGCCCAGGGCCUCUCGCACAACACCAUCUUCACGGCGUACUGGAAGCACAUUCUGAUCCUGUCCGUCGACCCCCACCCCGAAGUUCAGUCCCAUGCGACGACGAUUGUGGAUUACCUGCACGAGGCGCUCCUCAACUCGGAGAUCGGCGCCCAGGCGCAGAGCAUCAUCGAGGACAUUCACAAAAAGCACCGGCGGCUGUCGCGGCAUGCUGCUGUGCCGGGCAUGCGGAGUGGCACGAGUCACGUUGCCGGUUCUGGCGCUGGUGGUGUGACCAAUAGCGAUGCCAGCGACGGUGGAGCGGUGGGCGGUGCCAACGGCACCGGUGUCAAUGGCGGCGAUGUGUCCGACGUCGUCUACCCACCACCGUCUCCGGGUCUCCUGCGGCGGACGGUCAGCACCCUCUUCUCUCCCUUCUGGGGCACGGACACGUCCGGUACCGUGCCUGCAGCGGGCGGCCGGCCCGGUUCGUCACAGGCCAGCGAGCCGCCUCUGUCGCCUGGCCUCCUGCGCUCUGCGUCGACCUUCCAACGAGGGUCAGGGCGUGCGCGUGGUCUGGGAGUGGCCCUUGACCGCGCAGCCGCGCCCCCCGAGGACAGCGAGCGCGAGAGCACCAUGUCGCCGUACAAUGUGGCCAAGGAGCCGGUCUCGGCAGGCUUUGAGACUCGCCCGGCGGAUCAACCGCCGACGCUCCCCCUGGCCAGCACGCUGCUCGACUGGUCGACCGAGUACUUCCGGGAACCGCAGAUGCGCCUCAUGGAGGCCGAGGAGCCGGGCAGCACGGAGUACAACGAGCGACUGUGGCGCCGGGCGCGAAACGAGGGCACGCUGCGCGACACGCAGCCUCAGAAGCCGUAUGCCGGGUCGCACAAGUGGACGAACCAGCUGGGCAUCAUCAACAACGGCUCGCAGCCUGCGCGCAUGGCGUUCCACCAGUUCGAAGACCACCUCGCGGUGGCCGACGACGGCAACACGAUCCAGGUGUGGGACUGGAAGGGUGUGGAGAAGCUGAGCCGGUUCUCCAACGGCAACCCGCCCGGGUCGCAGAUCAGCGACAUGAAGUUUAUCAACGAGGACGACCAGGCGCUGCUGAUGGCGGGCUCCUCGGACGGCGUGCUGCGCGUGUAUCGCAACUACGACUCGUACUCCAAAGUGGAGCUGGCGACGUCGUGGCGGGCGCUGACGGACAUGGUGCCGAGCAACGUGCACGCGGGCAUGGUGUUUGACUGGCAGCAGGUGUCGGGCCGCGUGCUCGUGGCGGGCGACGUGCGCACGAUCCGCGUGUGGAACGCAGGCAGCGAGGCGUGCGUGGCGGACAUUCCGGCGCGGUCGGGCUCGUGCGUGACGUCGCUGACGAGCGACCAGAUGACGGGCAACAUUUUCGUGGCGGGCUUCGGCGACGGCGCGGUGCGCGUGUUUGACCUGCGGGUGCGGUCGCAGGACGCCAUGGUGCGCAAGUGGAAGGACGACUCGGACCGUGUGUGGAUCAAGAGCGUGCACAUGCAGCGCGGCGGCCAGCGGGAGCUGCUGUCGGCGGCGCGGGACGGCAAGGUCAAGCUGUGGGACAUUCGCAGCGACCACCCGCUCAACACGGUGCAGACGACGACGCGCACGCUGCGCACAGCCAGCACGCACGAGCACCUACCCGUCUUUGCAGUGGGCACAUCGUCUCGCACGGUCAAGGUGUUCAACCUCGACGGCCGCGAGCUGUCGCGUGUCGAGCCAUACUCGGGCUUCCUCCAGAGCCGCAGUGCACCGAUCGCGGCGACGGCGUUCCACCCGCACAAGAUGACGCUGGGCUGCGCAGCACGGGGCGACUCGCAUAUCAACCUAUUCUCGCCGUCGGACGAGCGUGCCUUUGACUAA